AGUGUUUUGAUUUUUGAAGGUUCACUCGAUCGGUACAAGAUGGCGAAGAAUGUGACACUUCAACUUUUCAUUACUAAAAGUACACAAAUACAGUAAUCAUUUCUUCUUUCCGAUCAUAAAAACUCAAAUUAAUUUGUGAAACAUUAACCUUGCUUGACAAACUCAUGACAUCGGCUAUAACAAGAUCAUUCAAACAAUUGACCAAUUUCUACAAAGUUCCCAGUCGAAUUUACUGUUUUUCAAGGACUGAGAUGAGUAGGCCAGUUGAAAAGGCAAUCACAAACAAAUUACAAAGUGAAUUGAAUCCAUCAUAUUUAGAUGUGAUCAAUGAAAGUUACAUGCAUAAUGUACCAAAGGACCCUGAAAGCCAUUUUAAAGUUGUGGUUGUUUCAAGAAAGUUUGAGAAAUUACCUCUGAUUCAGAGACACCGACUUAUCAAUGAAAUAUUGGAAAAUGAAUUAGCUAACUCUAUCCAUGCCUUAUCAAUUCAGGCCAAAACACCAGAGCAGUGGAAGGCAUCUGGUGGCAAAGUAAAUAAAUCACCCCCCUGUCUUGGUGGUUCUGGGAGAUAGGAAUCUACAGAGAAAUAUAUUACCAAAAAUUGCUUCGUGAAGAACGAUUCACUGGGCGUCGAACUGUCCGUGCACAAUGUGCUAAAUUAUUUGGCGAGGGGUUAAACCCGGGGAUUAGUAGGACACCUAGUUUGAUGUUUGUAAAUUAUGUUUUGAUUUUAAGUCCUGGUUACCAUUUUUUUCAUAAAGUGUUGUAAUAAAGUUUUGUCUUGAUUCAAAGAUGAAA